AUGCCGUACACUCCACCGUCGCAUCGAUCUCCCGCUGCCUCACAAUCCGGUACCCCACCCUUAAGAGUCUCCACCCAAACAGCCACAGGAAGUCAAAACGAGAACAAUUUAAGCCAUGGCUCUAGACCAAGUCCAUCCAGGUCUACAUCCCAGGCCUAUCUACAUAAGCACCGUCGGAGCCCCUCCGUGUCGAAGCCAACAGCUGCUCUUGCAGGACAGGCAACGUCGGAAACGAAUGGCUUAGACUCUCAAUAUUCUCAUGCUCAGGAAUUUGGUGACAGCUCAACCUCUCUGGCUCACCAUACCCAUUCAAAAAAUUCAGGCAUAAAUGGUUUGGGCGGCGGAACUGAGUCCCCUGCGUCUUCAGGUGAUGAAGAGUCGGCCCAUAGGGGCUGGUCGAGUGACGCAAAGAGCCUUGCUGAGCUUCAUGCUGCAAUUAGAGGCAUAGACAUUCAUCGACAGGGAUCGCCAGAGCCAGAAGAAGGACAAUCCCGCGCUGAUACAAUGUCCAAGCCUACAAAGCCCAGCCUGAACCAACCAGCAGACGUCAAAGUCUCGGACUCUAUACUACCUCACACACCACCCCUCUCAUCCGGUGCUCGGAAGAUCUCGCAUUCGCGCUCAACUACCGAUGCAAGUGCGUUCUUCGAUUUUCCAAGAAACAAAAUGGACUCUCCCGCACCCAGUGAGUCAGAAGACGGUGAAGAUGAAGAUGACCUUGAGAUGAAACCGUGUUUGCUUCGAAAAAAAUCUGGAGAGCUUGUACGACCAGCACUGAGACCGGCUGCUAAGAGGAGGCCUUCUAGCAUGCCUGGAACGCCCACUUAUUCCAAGAAUGUCCAUUUUCAAGAAACUAGUCUCGAGCAUGUGCGUCAUUUCCUACAAGUGGAUCGACCCAUUGCUGUGAGUGCAGGCACAUCGCCUGUUUCGAUCCACGAUGAGGAUAGUGAGUUUCCUUUUGGAGGCCCUGAUGCUCAGAGCGUUAGUCCACCUUAUGACUGGGAGAUAAGGCUUCCUAAUUUCCCCCGCGACACGAUUGAGAGAGAAGCACGUCUGCUUCGCACGGAAAAGGUAUUUCUAUCAGCUGAUAAGAAAAAUCUGUUGGGUGAUGUAGUCGUCCGUAACAUCGCAUUUCACAAACUUGUCCUCAUGCGUUUCACCUUGGACUACUGGAAAACUACAUCUGAAGUCAAGGCAGAGUACAAUAAAGAUAUUCGGAAGAAACCAGCUAAUGCAGGAUGUGAUAUCUUCACCUUUGAGAUCAAACUUGAAGAUUUGGCCAAUUUGGAGAAUAGGACUAUGUUGUUUUGUGUCAGAUAUGCCGUUGAUGGGCAUGAAUAUUGGGACAAUAACGACUCGAUGAAUUAUCAAGUUGACUUUUCAAAACAAUCCAAAGGCGAGGACGGAAAGCAAGGCUCACAACCUGCCAGCAGCAGGCCACUGAACGGAAUGCCUCGUAAUAAAUCAGCCCAGCCAAGGCCCCGAAGCAUGCCUUCAUUUGACGACUUUGGGAGCUAUACUGCUCCAUUCGAUUUCGGAUCAUUCCCACAGCCAAACGCCAUGGUCGGAGAAUCACCUAUUCGCUUUAAGAACCGACCGCCGGCAAAAGAGCUCGUCCCAGAUGCGCCUGCAAAGCCCAGGCAACAAGGGAACCAACAGGCUUUCAGCACCCGCUAUGACUUCGGAGCCUCUCUUUCUGCGGCAAUCCAAUCAGGAUCCAACACCAUGCCUACGGCGCUGCCACCUAAAGGUGGUCCUUCGCCAUUCCAGAGCCAAGGAUUGGGACCUGGCAAUGGAGGAGAGCAGAAAGUCAAAGCUGCACCUAGCAAAGGACUCUCUAAACCCACAGCGUUGUUUGGAUCUUGCAAACCAAUUUCGCAGCCUCGAGUUGAGGACGAAAAAGACAAUAAAUCCGAGCCCCCAACGAUCGUCCAUGCAAGUAGUACAUCAAGUCCUCCUUCUGAGGCGAGCUCGACGUCGACCAAAGCAACUGGUUCUGCGAGCCCAUCACCUCCACGUGCUGCAUCACCAUCGGCAGAAAUCAAAAUUCCGGCGAAAUCUUCGAAUCCAGCGAGCUCAAGAGCCUCGAGGUCUGUUUCUCCCGCCAUUGGAAGUGCUCUAGGCUCAAGAUCUCAUUCUCCCGGCUUCGGCUACCAUUACAAUCAGCAUAUGCAAGACAACUUUUUCCAGACACACACCCCCACUCCGAUCCAGGGAUGA